AGAUCCAAAUGGUGGAGAUGGUACCAAAGAUAUUUGCUUCAUCUUGGUGAUCAGAUUCUUAACGAAAUUACAUAUUACCCUGCAUAUUAAGUGGCAUUGAGUGUUGUGAAAGCUCUUUGACUAUAGCGGGACAGCAACCCGAAAAGUCUAGGAGCAUCAUUGACUUCAACAACAUCAAUCCAUAAUUCUACGUUACAGCCACUGGAAUUAAUAUUCUCAAUUUGUUUGGACAUAUUUUGGACUGAUAUUUCUAAGUUGAUCUCAGAGCUACUUGGAUAAUCUUUUUGCAACCCACAACACCGCGAUCUAUUCUGGGCCGAACGUUGGAAAUGGCUGGCAUCGCCAAUUUGAGACCGGCUACUCGCCCUAGUAUUGUGGACAAUGUCUCUCUUCGCAACAUCAACCUUCACUUACCAGCAGCACCUGAUCCAUGGCAUCGCUCUGGGAAAUCCCAGCCAUGCACAGCAGCUGUAAAGCUAUCAUAUUCGUCUGCUGUUGCUGCGGCUAAUGCAGAUGAUGUCUCGCUUUCUCUUGACUACGGCAAACUUUACCGCCGCAUUGAGGCUGCAGUUCGUGAUUCUGUUAAGCCUACGUCAGGUGGCCACUUAUCCCAAGCAGCAGAGACCACUCUGAGUAAUGAUGUGCGGGUCAUUGCUGGAUUGAUAGCCAAUUGUGGCUUGGGUUUGUUAGACGAGACCAUCGCCGGAGUGCGAAGAAUGGAUCAUGUUCAAGCUCAUCCAGAAUCCCCAAGUCGGAGACGCGCAAGCCAGGCUAGUCGGAGACUAAGUGGUGUUUCCUCUUCAGUUCCCAAAGAACUCCAGACUGCUACAUCUCCGGAGGUUUUGAAUGGCAUGUUUGGCGAAUGCGAGGUUUUGCUACAUUUGCCCAAUGCUCAUUUGCGAGCGGAGGGAGGGCUGUCUUUUCGGACUGUCCAGACCUGGGUGUAUGCUGACGAUAGUGCCUCGUUGGAAAUCGCCGUGGAGAGCAGCAGACAGGUUGCCAUUGUGGAACAAGAAUUCCGCGUGGAGGGUAUCCGUUGUCACUGCAUCCUUGGUGUCAACUCUCAUGAGCGAAUUGAGAAACAAGCUGUGAUCAUCACAUUAGACUUCCGAGGCUCCGGAGAGGCUUCGUGGGCUUCUACAUUCUUGAACACAUAUCAACAGAUGGUUCGGGUUAUAGCAGAGGUGAGUUUGUAUAAGCUACGAUUUCCGUGCAGAAUUGAAUCGGACAGCAGCUAACAGCAGACCUGUUUCACGGCAGAGGGUGGAAAAUACAUCGUAUCAGACAGUUGAAGCUCUCGCUACUUUCAUCGCCCGCACAGCUACAAUGGACUUUGGUAAUGAUUCUGUCACAGUUUUGGUGGAGAAGCCGAGUGCCAUGGCUUUUGUGGAGAGAGCCGGAGUGCAAAUCACCAGGUCCAAGGCAUUCUUUGCAGAGCAAGAUUUUUUGAAAGCGAGGGGAGGGAUGUAGUGUUAUCAAAUAAUCGUAGCAUAAAAUAAAAAUAAAAAGACUGGGACCUAUGACAUUUCCACGUGAAGCUGCCGGUUGCCGCAUCGGGCAUUAGGCUCGGUGCCAAGCCUGUCAUGCUUUUUUGCCUGGUUUCACCUGAAAAAG